AUGACUGCUCCUCCCAAGACUGCUCCUACGACUGCUCCUCCUACGACUUCUCCUACGACUGCUCCUCCUUCAAAUACUCCUACGACUACUCCUACAACUACUCCUCCUACUACUCCUUGUACGACUCUCCUCCUACGACUAUACCCCUCCUACGACUACUGCUCCUACAACUACUCCUCCUAUGACUACUCCUACGACUAUACUCCUCCUACAACUACUGCCCCUACAACUACUCCUCCUAUGACUACUCCUACGACUAGUCCUCCUACGACAACUCCUCCUAAGACUACCUCCUACGACUACUGCCCCUACGACUACUCCUCCUAUGACUACUCCUACGACUAG